AUGUUUUUCUUGAGCAGCUUUACGCCUCGAUUCUUGAAUGGAGCUAUCGCUGGUACUGUGGCAGUUACUUGUACUUAUCCGCUGGAUUUAGUCAAGACACGAAUGCAAGAGCAGCGAUCUCAUAGUCAACGCAUGUAUCGCAACAUGCUUGAUUGCUUCAUAAAAGUCGGUAGGAGCGAGGGAUUCCGUGGGCUGUAUAAAGGUUAUGCGGUAAAUAUUGUUUUAAUCAACCCUGAAAAAGCAGUUAAAUUAGCUGUGAAUGAUGAACUUCGCCACAUAUUUAAAGGAAAUCGGAAAACUAUACCUAUUGCAGCGGAAAUGGCAGCAGGAGCUGGUGCUGGAUUCUGUCAGGUUAUCAUAACGUGUCCCAUGGAAUUUCUAAAAAUACACAUGCAAAUGGCAGGCAAAGCUGUAGCUCAGCCAGGUUCGCAGUUGUUUAACUAUCUGUCAUCAAACAGGAAAACCGCUGCUGCAUUUGCCGAUAGCAAGAGGCCUUCAGCUUUAAAAUUUGCAAUUGGAGAGUUACGAAAUAAAGGCAUCAGCGGAAUUUAUCGUGGCCUUGGGGCUACCUGGAUGAGAGAUAUACCGUUUUCUUUAAUUUAUUUUCCAGCAUUUGCUCACUUCAAUAAGAUGGGAACUCGUGAAAAUGGAAAGGUACCAUGGCAACACUCGAUUUUAGCUGGCUGUCUUGCAGGUUCUAUUGCUACAGUUUCUGUAAAUCCUUGCGAUGUUAUAAAAACUAGGCUGCAAGCUCUCGAUAAAGAUACAGGGAAAGCUAGAUAUAGUGGCAUAGUUGACUGUUUAUUAACAAUACUUUUUCUUGGUACCGUAGCUGCAUUUUUCAAAGGAUGCACACCAAGAAUAAUUGUCAUCUCUCCUCUCUUUGGAAUAGCGAAUACUGUAUAUUUGCUUGGAGUAGCUGAACGGCUGCUCGGUAGGGAUUACGUCCCUCCAGUUUAA